AUAUAAAACAAAAGGAACUACGAAGGUUGGAGUUGCAGACACUCCAUGCUCAGUGGUAUACUCUCAGUUUCGCUGACAAACCCACCCUUUGCACGACAACGCCACUCCCUCUUUCUGCUUGCCACGCUCUUCUCCUCCACUCGCGAUGUCUACCACGCCAAUCUCAAAAUCACAGCCCUCUCACGCGCUGGAAAAGUCGACGCCGCGCGCAAACUGUUCGACCAAAUGCCCACGAAAGACGUCGUCACGUGGAACUCCAUGCUCUCCGCCUACUCACAGAACGGCCUUAUCCAACAUUCCAAAACACUCUUUCACUCUAUGCCGCUGCGAAACGUCGUUUCCUGGAACUCCAUCAUUGCCGCGUGCGUCCAAAACGACGACCUCGAUGACGCGUUUCGCUACUUCGCCGCGGCGCCGGAGAAGAACGCUGCCUCGUACAACGCCGUGAUCUCGGGACUCGCGAGGUGCGGGCGCGUGAGGGACGCGCAGAGGCUCUUCGAGGAGAUGCCGCAUCCGAAUGUCGUGUCGUAUACCGCCAUGGUCGAUGCGUACGCCAGGGUCGAGGGUGGGAUUGGGCGCGCGAGGGCGCUGUUCGAAGCGAUGCCUCGGAGGAACGCGGUGUCGUGGACUGUGAUGAUCAAUGGGUUGCUGGAGAAUGGGUUGUAUGAGGAAGCGCGGGAAGUGUUUGGGAGAAUGCCGCAGAAGAAUGAUGUGGCGAGGACGGCUAUGAUUACUGGGUUUUGUAAACAAGGGAAGAUGGAAGAGGCCAGAGCGUUGUUUGAAGAGAUUCGAUGCAGGGAUCGCGUUUCUUGGAAUAUAAUCAUAACGGGAUAUGCCCAAAAUGGGAGAGGGGAAGAGGCACUGAAUUUGUUUUCACAAAUGAUCAGGACUGGUAUGCGACCAGAUGACGUGACUUUUGUUUCAGUUUUCAUUGCCUGUGCCAGUCUUGCAUCACUUGAAGAAGGAAGACAGGUGCAUGUUCUUGUAAUUAAGCAUGGCUUUGAUUCACACUUGUCGGUGAGUAAUAAUCUGAUUACUAUGCACAGCAAAUGCGGUGGCAUUGUUGAUUCUGAGCUAGUUUUUGGACAAAUUUCCCAUCCAGACAUAAUUUCAUGGAACACUAUCAUUGCUGCCUUUGCUCAGCAUGGUCUCUAUGACAAAGCACGCUCCUACUUUGACCAGAUGGUGACACUCAGUGUUCAACCUGAUGGCAUAACUUUUCUGAGUUUACUAUCUGCGUGUUGUCGUGCUGGGAAAGUCGAUGAGAGCAUGAAUCUAUUCAGUUUGAUGGUUCAUAGUUAUGGCAUUCCACCAAGGUCUGAACACUAUGCUUGCUUAGUUGAUGUGAUGAGUCGAACAGGUCAGUUGCACAAAGCUUGCAAAAUAAUCCAUGAGAUGCCAUUCAAGGCAGAUUCCAGCAUCUGGGGUGCGGUGCUAGCGGCCUGUAGUGUUCAUUCAAAUGUGAAACUGGGGGAACUGGCUGCUACAAGAAUUUUGAAUUUGGAUCCUAAUAAUUCUGGUGCUUUUGUUAUGCUGUCUAAUAUAUAUGCUGCUGCUGGCAAGUGGAAGGAUGUUCAUAGAAUCAGGGUUCUGAUGAAAGAGCAAGGAGUUAAGAAACAAAGUGCUAAUAGUUGGUUGCAGAUUGGAAACAGAGUCCAUUAUUUCGUUGGAGGAGAUCCAUCACACCCUAAUAUUAAUGAUAUUCAUGUUGCUUUAAGGAGGAUAACAUCACAUAUGAAAGUAAAAAGUCACAUUGAAGAUUUUUUCUUGUGAAAAAUUGUACAAGUAAUGAAGGUAUGUAAUUUCCCAAGUUAUAUAUUGUCUAUACAACAUUAUUUAACAUCACUCUUUGUUGUUUCCGAA